GUAUCGCUCCCUCUCCGUGUGCAGAGGCUGUGGAUACAGACGUGUGUCGGGUGGGACUCUCCUGUGUUUCUCCUGCGGAUCUAGAGGAUGCAGUGAGAGAUGGUGCACCAGGACAGCUGCUCCUAUCAGGCCCAGAAAAAUGAGCGGGAGUCCAUCCGGCAGAAGCUGGCGCUGGGCAGUUUCUUUGAUGAUGGGCCGGGAAUCUACAGCAGCUGCAGCAAGAGCGGCAAACCCAGCCUGUCCUCACGGCUUCAGAGCGGAAUGAACCUGCAGAUCUGCUUCGUCAAUGACAGCGGCAGCGACAAAGACAGUGACGCAGAAGACAGCAAGACAGAGACCAGCCUGGACACACCGCUGUCUCCCAUGAGCAAACAGAGCUCGUCCUACUCGGACAGAGACACCACGGAGGACGACUCGGAGUCUCUGGAGGACAUGGACUUCUUGAGCCGACAGAAGAAGCUGCAGGCCGAGGCCAAGCUGGCUCUCGCGAUGGCCAAACCCAUGGCCAAGAUGCAGGUGGAGGUGGAGAAGCAGAACCGUAAGAAGUCUCCUGUGGCGGAUCUGCUUCCUCACAUGCCACACAUCAGCGAGUGUCUGAUGAAGAGGAGUCUGAAGCCCACGGAUCUCAGAGACAUGACGCUGGGACAGCUGCAGGUCAUCGUCAAUGACCUGCACUCACAGAUCGAGGGUCUGAACGAGGAGCUGGUGCAGCUGCUGCUGAUGAGAGACCAGCUUCACAUGGAGCAGGACGCCAUGCUGGUGGACAUCGAGGACUUGACCAGGCACGCUCAGAGCCAGCAGAAGCACCUGGCGGAGAAGACGCUGUCCAAAUGAAGCCGCACACCUCCACACAUCAGUAUAGACAGACACCUUUCCUUUGCUUCUGUGGUUCAUAACUGCUGACCGCUCGCGUCCUCACACACUAAACGCAGGCCUCCGGAUCCGUCUCGGACACUGCUCCCUGCGG